AAUACGUCCUAAAAGUUAUAACAUAUUACACAAUAAACUAAGAUAAUGAUAUUUUUCCUGGUUAAGUGUUUUAAUUUGAACUUAAAUAGUUUAGUCUGCGAUUCCAAUUUAAAUACUAAACUGGACAAUGAAGUCGUCCAAAAUGUAUCGCAGUCCUAUUACUGUACAACAAGUGAAAGAAACGUUUAGAAACGGGAGAGUUGCAGAUAUUCGGCUUCCAGAAUGCAAUUUUACUCCGCAACCAUAUUCGGGAUUACCAUUGGAAAAAUUAAAGAAGAUCAGGAAAACCCGAUUAAAUCCCGCGUUAACAACCCAUUACAGCACCCCUUUAGCUUUAAGCCAAGGAUACAAACAGUGGUUGUUUGAUAUUGAUGGCAGACGUUAUUUGGAUAUGUUUGCUGGUGUAUGCACAGUCUCAGUUGGACAUGCUCAUCCAAAGAUUACUGAAGCAGUUUCGAAACAAAUUAGCACAUUAGGUCAUGUGUCAAAUAUCUAUCUUCACACAAAGCUACACGAAUAUGCUGAAAGGUUAACCGAUAAAUUCCCUGGAGAUUUAAAAGUUGUUUAUUUUGUCAAUAGCGGUUCAGAGGCAAACGAAUUGGCAGUUUUGUUGGCCAGAAUUUUUACCAACAAUUACGAAGUAAUAUCGUUACGAAAUGGUUACCAUGGAACGGGCAAUUUAACAAUGAACGUAUCUGCUCAAUCCGAUUCUAAGUAUCGGAUACUUCAGGCCAUAAGGACGCAUCAUGUUAUAAAUCCCGACGUUUAUAAAGGGUUGUGGGGUGGUUCCAAAUGUAGGGAUAGCCCCGUACAAGCCAACAGAAUGUGCUCCUGCAGAGGGUCAGAAUGUGAAGCAAAAGAUAAUUACGUAAAACAGUUUGAAGAAUUAUUCGACUACAGUUUGCCGAAGAAAGGGGCUGCAGCAUUCAUUGCAGAACCGAUUCAAGGCGUUGGAGGUAUCGUACAGUAUCCUAAGGGAUACCUAAAGGAAGUUGUGGAUGUAGUUAGGAAACAUGGCGGACUGUUUAUUUCAGAUGAGGUACGAGAAUUUUUUUUUCAUGUAUAUAGUAAUAACUAAUUCUGUUUUUUUAUU